AUGCUUCUUUUAGAAAAGGUCGCUGUGAAGAUAAUUGACAAAACCAAAACUGACGCUGCAGCCCGACGCCUUAUAUUCCGAGAGAUGUCAGUGAUUGAAAGUUUAACCCAAUUAAACAUCGUCAUGGAAUACGCCGCGGGAGGAGAUCUGGAAACAAGGAUUCAAAAGAAGGGUGCUUUUACAGACUCCGAGGGCAAAAUCAUCUUCGCUCAAUUGGUCGCCGCCAUUAAGCACAUGCAUGACAACAACAUAGUUCAUCGCGACAUCAAGGCGGAGAAUGUCUUCUUCGCAGUGCGUUCACCCAUAGUGGAUCCCGAAAUGGGGGAAACCAACAAUGUGAGUGAUGCGGAAGUGCCUGAGGCCAGCACUGCUGGGGGUCCUGGGUCCGGAGGCCGUAACGACGUGCACAAAGCGGACCACAAGGCUCGUGCAACGCACUCAAGAAUGAAUUCUGAAGAUAGCAGCACAAGACAGGCGUACAACCAAUCACUUGCUUAUUCACCAGACCUCUACCGGGUCAAAAUUGGUGACUUCGGAUUCAGUAAGACAAUCACCACCGCAGACCAACACCUCAUCACAUUUUGCGGUUCACCACCCUAUGCAGCUCCGGAGCUCUUCAAUUCUUCAUCGUACUUGGGCCCUCCAGUGGACAUGUGGGCUAUGGGAGUGCUGCUCUACUACAUGUUGAUGGGUUUCCUGCCCUUCCGAGGCAGAACGGUAGGACAACUACGCAAACUCAUCCUCGAAGCCAGCUCCAGCGGCACAUUUCCUGUACCCCCGAGGGUGUCUGAGGGGGCCGCGGAGUUGAUACGAAGGCUACUAUCACGCAAUCCAAAAAGUCGACCACGUGCAGCGAAGUUGAUCGAGGAGGCUAAAAAGGCUUCAUCAACAACUCGGCCCCUGUCCAUGGAUCGGUUGGUUGCUGUCAGUACCUCCUCGUCUUGGCGUAAACGUGAACCCUGGCUGGCCCAUCAAGUCUUUCCCACUCCCUAUCCCACAGUCAGUGCUGCGGAUUCUGUUGGAGGUCUGGGAGGCUACUUACUGCUAGCGGAAGCUGGUAAAAAAGCCUCCCAAAUAAUCUUAUCAACUGCGGGGAGGCCGGAAAGACCAUUAGUUCAUAAAGCGCGUACAGAGACCAGUCCUCAACCUGGACCGACACCACGAAUCUCCAUAACACUCGCAGACUCGAGCACUGACGUGCCAGUGAACAGCACUAGCUCGGAGCCGGAGCUUUCGACGAAUGCGAGUGCUUUCGAGGAGGCUAUCGUGCAGUCAGAGAUGGAAGCGGCCAAAUUGCUGCUUCAGCUGGGGAUCUCAUCCGAUCGUCUCCGCGUGCCGCACAACAAUGAUGCCAGAAAUUCCAUCAGUGGGGCCUAUCGAAUCAUGCUACAUCAGUUGCAAAGGUAUCGAAGGCUCAGCAAUUUACCGUCUGUCCAAGACACGAACAAUAACAACGAUGAUAAUGAGCAAAAAGUGUCCACAGAAACUUCAUCGAUGGAAGAGGUCAUUCCAGCCGCCUGCAAGGGGAAGUCACGGAUGAAGAAGUCCGCUUCAGACAUUCCUGGUUCCUCAUGUAAUCGAAAGAGCACAGACAAGUCCUGCUCCCUUUUGUAA